CCGCGCGCCGGAAGUGGCCCGGAACUUGGCGAGGCGGCGCGGCGGCGCGGCUGCCGGACCCGGGGCCGGUUCCACCAUGCCGGUCACCGGGAAGAUGUUUCGCCGGCGCCGGGCCGACUCUGAGUCGGAGGAAGAUGAGCAGGAUUCGGAGGAGGUUCGGCUAAAACUGGAAGAGACCCGAGAGGUGCAGAACUUGAGAAAGAGGCCUAAUGGGGUGAGUGCUGCUGCCCUGCUGGUGGGAGAGAAGGUACAAGAAGAGACCACACUAGUGGAUGAUCCCUUUCAGAUGAAGACAGGUGGUAUGGUGGACAUGAAGAAACUGAAGGAAAGGGGGAAAGAUAAGAUCAGUGAAGAGGAGGACCUUCAUCUGGGGACAUCAUUUUCUGCAGAAACCAACCGGAGGGAUGAAGAUGCAGACAUGAUGAAGUACAUUGAGACAGAGCUAAAGAAGAGGAAAGGGAUUGUGGAACAUGAGGAACAGAAAAUCAAGCCAAAGAACGCAGAGGACUGUCUAUAUGAACUUCCUGAAAACAUCCGUGUCUCCUCUGCAAAGAAGACCGAGGAGAUGCUUUCCAACCAGAUGCUGAGUGGCAUCCCCGAGGUGGACCUGGGCAUCGAUGCAAAAAUAAAAAAUAUAAUUUCCACGGAGGAUGCCAAGGCUCGCCUGCUGGCAGAGCAGCAGAACAAGAAGAAAGACAGUGAGACAUCCUUCGUGCCCACGAACAUGGCUGUGAAUUACGUGCAACACAACCGAUUUUAUCAUGAGGAGCUCAAUGCUCCCAUCCGGAGAAACAAAGAGGAGCCCAAAGCCCGGCCAUUGCGAGUGGGUGACACGGAGAAGCCAGAGCCUGAGCGGUCCCCUCCUAACCGCAAACGUCCUGCUAAUGAGAAGGCCACUGAUGACUACCACUAUGAGAAGUUCAAGAAGAUGAACAGGCGGUACUGAGAAGGCCUGGGCUGUCCCUGCUGGGCAGGCUUGGUGCCGCUGCUUCCUGCUGGCUUUCAAGCACUGAAUUUGUGACUUUUUGAAACAAAACUGGGUAGUUUUCCUAUUUGGGGGCAAACUGUUCCUAUGAGCAUCAUUAAAUCUUGUUUGUAAAUA